AUGAGAUAAUCAAAAAUAUGUUAACAACCAGAAUGUAAAAGAAUUCUUAAUUCUCCUGAUGAGAAAGGACCAAGAAUUAGGUGUAAAGAUUGUCAUACUAAAAGUUUUGAGAAAAGCAUAACUGAUAUUUAAUAGAAAAAGGUUGAAUUAUUAAUAAAGAAAGAAUAAUUAUAGAAAGAAUUUCAAGACUAUUAUAAAGAAAAUAAAUAAAAAUGGGAUGCAGGUGUAGAAUAAAGUUUAAAUGCUAUUAAAAUCGGUUUAUAAAAUGAAAAAUAUUAAAAAUUACAACAUACUAUUAAUAUUAGGAAACGUACUUUGGCAAAAUAAUAAGAAGAAUUAGAUGAUCAUAAAAAAUUAAUUGAUAAAUUAUAAUUGUUUUCUAAAUCUAUUUAAGAGAAAUAUUAUAAUUUGAAGCAAAGUCUUUAAAAAAAAUAAAAUGAGAUUUAAAAGAAAGAACAAUAGUAUAAAUUUAGAUAAUAUAUAAUUUUUGCUUAGUUGCCAUUUCUAUUUGAUAAUCAUAUGAUUUACAAUUAGUAUAAAAUAAAUGAAGAAAUUUAAGAAAUUGUUUAUGAUACAAUUUAUGAACUUGUAUAACCAAUGCGUGAUGAUUUAUUAAUAAGCACUAGUUUUUUUAACAUAGAUUAUGAGUAGUUGAGAUUGUCAACAACAAAAAUUAAUACUAAAAAAGGUGAGAUAUGUUUAACUUUAAAGAAAAGUCCAGUUUAAUGGAAAGAAUACUUUCAUGAUAAUGCAGAAUAUUAUGAAAAUUUUAUUACCUCAAUAAUUAAAGUAUAUAAAUUAAUAUACUAUAUGGGAAAUCUGUUUAAUGUAGUAUUGCCUUAUGUAAUUUAUAUUGAUAAUCAUGGUUAUCCAUAAUUUCUGGAAUAUCAAAUAUUUACAUAUAAAAGAUCUUCAAAUUUAAUGGAUCUUAAGGAAUCAUCACUUAGUUAGAUGUAGAUUAACAUUUAUUAUUUAAAAUAUUACUUUAGAUUGGAUAUAUAAGAUAAACUUUAUUCAUUUUUUGAUAUAAUUGAUUUGCUUUAAUCUUAUUAUGAAAAAUUUGGGUUUAAAUAAUAUGAUAUAUUCAAAAAUUUAAUUUAAGAUUACAUUCCAUCAAUUAAAAAUCCAAUUAUUAAAUAAUUAUAUUCUGAUUAAUAGAAACGGAAACCUAUUCCUAUAAAAUUAGUUUAAACUUAAUGUCCUAAAUUUCUACUUUAGUAUCAAAUUUCAGAGUAAUAAAUUAGCAACAAAAUGGAAAAUUCUUUUGAAUUCUCAGAUGUAGAAUUUAUCCAAUGA